GAUGAGUUGGAGGCAGGCACAGCCUCAGCGCAGGGAGAGAGGCUGCCGGAGACAGGCAGGGGGAGGCGGCGAGGCGCUCCGGAGGAGGCCAGCGCGUCGCGGGGGCGAGCGGCGGGGGCCGGCGGGAGAUCACACUCAAUAUUCAAAACUAGAAGGAAAAGGAAGAAUCCUCAGACUCUCUGGACUUCAAGGAUAUCAUUAUGUUGUAUUGGAUGAACUUAAACUAGACAAGACUUCUUUCUGAAACACUUCGAGAAAGUGAGUGUGCCUGAGGGGAGAGGAACACAAGAGAGGAGAGACAAUUGAACGUCACCAUUGGCCGAGACCUGAAAAAAUGUUGCUGGAUGAACACAGGAUUAGAACUUAAUUGUAAAAGAGAAAGAAAGUCUUGACAGGCGAUUUGCUUCAUUUUCACAUUCAUCAUGGCACAAAUCCUCUGGCUGGCUGGUUGAUGGAACUGUCCAACGCUUCCUACUUAGGCUCAGUGCAGAUUCUUCUGCGUACAGAUCGAAAGACCUGGGAUCAGGUGGUAACUGGAUGGUGCCAAAUAUGGAAAUGGAAAGAGAAAUGGACUCUGACGAGCUAAGAUGGAAGUGACUUGACAGCAACAAGCUCAGCAGUUGUCUCCAGUAAGGACAGGUUGAGACGGGAAUCUCAAGCUUCGCUGGGAGAGCAGUAUGCAGGAAGCUGGUUUUCAGGCCACAAAUGCUUUCACAGAGUGCAAAUUCACCUGCGCCAGUGGUAAAUGCUUGUAUCUUGGUUCGCUGAUUUGUAACCAACAGAAUGACUGUGGGGAUAACAGUGACGAAGAGAACUGCCUGCUGGUAACGGAGCAUCCACCUCCAGGCAUCUUUAGCUCUGAACUGGAGUUCGUUCAAAUCAUCAUUAUAAUCGUGGUUAUAACUGUUAUGGUGGUAGUGAUCAUCUGCUUGCUGAACCAUUACAAACUCUCGACACGCUCCUUUAUCAACCGACAGAGCCAAAGCCGAAGACAGGAAGAAACUUUGCAGACGGAAGGGUGCUUGUGGCCUUCAGAAAGCUCGGUUUCGCGCCAGGGUGCUUCAGAGAUCAUGUAUGCUCCAAGGUCCAGGGACAGGUUUACCACCCCAUCUUUUAUUCAGCGGGACCGUUUCAGUCGCUUCCAGCCCACUUACCCGUACAUGCAGCAUGAGAUUGACCUCCCUCCAACCAUCUCCCUCUCCGACGGGGAAGAGCCACCACCGUACCAAGGCCCAUGCACCCUGCAGCUCCGGGACCCAGAACAGCAGAUGGAGCUCAACCGGGAAUCCGUCAGGGCACCACCCAACCGAACCAUUUUUGAUAGCGAUUUGAUAGACAUCUCGAUGUACAAUGGGGGCCCCUGCCCACCGAGCAGCAAUUCGGGCAUAAGUGCAACCAACUAUAGCAGUAAUGGAAGGAUGGAGGGACCACCCCCGACGUACAGCGAGGUCAUGGGGCAUUACCCAGGCUCCUCUUUUUUCCAUCACCAGCACAGCAACGUGCCUCCUUCCUCGCAGAGGGGGAGCAGACUUCAGUUUCAGCAGAACAAUUCAGAGAGCACAAUAGUCCCCAGCAAAGGCCAAGACCGGAAACCAGGAAACCUGGUCUAAAGUUACUCGCCCAGGCGCAUUUGAGCUGAAGACAGGAGAUCCAAGCAGGGUGGUGGAGGAAGACCCCCCAUGCUCCGGUGCACAAUGUUGUUGCGUUUCACGUGGUACAACUUAGUAAAACCAAACGUGCAAACCAGUUCUUUGUUUCUGAUUCCUUUCAGGGGAAUUGCAUGCAAAGCAGAUUGAAAGAAAUACAAACUUCCAUUCAGUUUGUCUAUGAGCAGUGUUUUGGGGGAGAGGGGGGGGAUAUAUUAUUUUUUUUUAAUAAACUAUUUCAAUUAUUUAAUUCUAAAAGUUAACUUAGCACAGAAAUGAGGCUUGUACAGCCUGUUUUAUACUCACUGAAUGGCUGAAGGAAGAAGGUGGUUUUGCUAGAUAAAUGGGGGAAGAAUUGGCCAGUUUGCUUUUUUUUUUUUUCUCCCAUGGUGUGGAUUUUUUUUAAUAUGAAACAAAAUUCCUGUUCUGUGUGCCAAGGUAUAAAGUUGAGAACUUAGAUGAAUGCAAGGAAUUAAUUUGUGUUGUGAUAAAUGUGUUUUAAAAGGUUGCACUAUCUUAAUGUUUUAAAAAAAUAUAUUAUGAGGGAACUGUUUUAUGUGAAGUUCUUCUAUAUGUUGUCUUUUCACCUGUGGAAUAAUGAUAGAGCUCCAGAAGUAAUCUGGAGGAGUUUCCCCCCUCCUAUCCCCGGGUUUGUUAGAAAAUGGGGACAGGACUUAGCCUAACAUCUCUUGACUUUUACAAAUCAAGAAAUACAGGGACAGUUGUCUUUGCAAUAAUUUGCGUUCAAAUAACAGUGCAUCAGUGAAGUGUCUUGGAAACUUUUGGAUGGAAGAAGACAAAUAUGAAAUCCCAGCAUUUUCCAUCACUUAAGGUUUAGCUAUUUUGCGGUGUAGACUAUUUGUUUUGUAAAUGGCAAAACAAAAAAAAUCCCAGAUGUGUUAAUUUGUAUUGAUUCUAACUACGUGCUGCCAUUCUAUUCCUUUUCAUAAUGCAGUAUCGCCAGUACUUAACCGUUUUAGAGAUUUUUGUCCUCACUGUAGCCUGAAAUGUAUUUAGUUACAUAUCAUGACAUUAUGCAAUAAAUUGUUCGAAAAUGCAGGGUGGAUUUUUUCCCCUGCAACGCUGUUUAAAUACGUGAGACUGUUGUGCUUUUCGCUCUCCAUUUCAUCCUUUUAGAUGCUGACGUUCAGUUCUGGAGAUCCAUCCUGUUGAAGUGAAGGGGGACUUUGUAUCUAAAUCUCCCUGUGCUGUUUCUGCAGCAGCACCGAGAGCCUCCAUGACAGUGUUGCCGACUUCUGUGGCAUCCCUGGCAGUGACGUGGGAGCGCCAGUUACUCUCACUGCAGACUCGUUUGCUCUGGGCCCUGUUGCAGAAACCCUUCUCCGUGCGUGUCAUCUGUCUGACGCCAGCAGGACUGCGCUCGUGGGUAAAGAUGACUCACAUGUUAACCAAGUGUCUGUAAGCCCUGAUUUUGCUAUAACUGGUCUGAAGAGUAGUUGGAAAAUGUUACCUUGCCUGUAUCGUGGCAUCUGGGGUAUUCCUCCACUGGCUGUUUCCAUGUGGAAGCACACGCGGUGCCGGAAGGCGGUUGACAAAUGGUGAUAGUGGCAUGACAAGCACAUGAAAAAGCACAAAUUGCACUUAAAAUGCAUUUCGGAAAUGGAUUUAAAGUAAGAAUCUUUAGAGUCUUAGCUUGAGUAGUUCCUAAUACAUAGGUGUAUGUGUGUCAUAGACCUUUCCACUUUGAGAUCUUUCACUUUUUUCUAAUUUCCUAAGCCUUGUGCUUGGUUUCGGGCAGCAGCUGCUGAGUGCCCCGAGGGCACCGUGGAAGGAGUGGAGGAGUACUGUGCCCUGGUCCCAUGGCUGGAGGCUGAAUUUCUGUGGGACUUCUCUACACCAGGGGCUCUGAUAACUGAAGUGCAUCUUUGAUCUAUGCAGAGUUUUAAUGCCAAAACAGUGUGUGUUUCUGUGUGUGUGUGUGUGUGUGUGUGUGUUUUAUGGGCCUCAGUGUAGAUUUGUUUUCUUCAUAAGUUAAUUUGGUUUUAUUCUAGUUUAGAAAAUGUUUGUGUAACUGAAUAUGCAGCUCCAUUUGUCUCUGUAAUUGUUACUUUGGUCUGAGUCAUGCUGGUAAUGCAGAGUAAAGCUGCCUUUUAAUGUGUGUAUUAUUUGAAGGGAGAGAUAGAGAUCAUGUGAUGGGAUUCACAUAUUUUUUUCCGCUCAGACCCAUAGGACAGGUGACGGUCAGUCAGCCAGGGCUCUCAUCGUGUCUGGUUCCUGGGAAUAAAAGCUGUGAAAUUAGAUUUUUGAAAACAACCUAUGAACAUAAUUCUUAGUUAAAAACAAACAAAAGAAACCAACCAACCAACCAAACAAAAAACCUGAACAGAAGACAAAAGCAGCAAAUGUUGGUUUUGGUCUUCAGUGACUUUUGUCACUUUGGAAGUGAGCCUUUAAGCCAGAGAAUGUGUGUGCCUACACAGAUACUGUGCUGUUGCCUAAAUGAGGAUUAUUUAGCCGAGAAGCCUUCAGGUGAAAACAGCUGGAACUCAGUUGUCAUGGCAGAGCACACCUGGACUGGGCCCUGGGUUUGGGCUGGUUGAGUACCAACUUUUCCCACGUGCAAAUCUCAGCAAAGUGAGCCUUGAAGUUGCCUUCAAAGUCACCUCUUGGAAAUGUACUUUCUUUGAAGAUAGCUCUUUGCCCUCCUUUGCCAUCUCUGCAUGCCGGUGGUUUUAUGCACUUCCCAUUAACAUUGUCCAGUAUGCUGUCUCUUAAUUUUUCUUGGCUGAGAAAAUUUUUCUUUGCAUGAAAAAUGUAACCUGUUGCAGUUCCGUAGAAAAGAUUAGUUUAAAUAUAACUUAGUAUAUACUCACCUGAUAGUUGCAUUUCCUCUUGCAUCAUCUCAUUCUCGUCAUAGAAUAUGCUGGUUUGGAAGGAACAUCCAUCAGGAUCAUUGAAUCCAACUCCUGGCCCUGCAUAGGGCACCUCGAGAAUCCCACCAUGUGCCUGAGAGCGUUGUCCAAACGCUUCUUGAACUCUGUGAGGCUUGUUGCUGUGACCACUGCCCCUGGGAGCCCUUUCCAGUGCCCAACCACCCUCUGGUGAAAAACCUUUCCUUGAUAUCCAAUCUAAGCCUCGCCUGACUAAGUUUCAUGCCAUUUCAUCAGGUCCUGUCAUUGGUCAUGAGUGUGAAGAGUGCCUGCCCCUCUGCAUCCCCUCAUGAGGAUGCUGAAGACUGCAAUGAGGUCUCCCCUCAGUCUCCUCCAGGCUGAGCAGCCACUCCUCAUACGGCUUCCCCUCAAGACCCUUCACCAUCUUUGUGGCCCUCCUUUGAAUACUCUCUAAUAGCUUAAUGUCAUAUUCUGCUUUUCCAGAUGUAAUGUACAGACAGUAUACCUCUCAGCUCUGGAAGUGUAGUCACUUGUUGACUUGCUGUAAGUGAGCUUGCAACCUGCUACUUCUGUUCUGGGGCCUCUUGUAUUAUAGGAGUAAAUAUGCUAUUUUCUGAUGAAUAUUAGUGCUCUCCAGUAGGAGGGCUGUCAAUAAUGUAACGUUGAAUCAGUCUGUUUUUCUAUAAUUUCUUCUGUUGCAGUGGGAGAGAAUCUGCCCUUGCUAACAGAACAGAACAGUUAAAGGAAUACCAGAAUUAGAUAGCACCAUCGAUCUUUACAGGCUUAGAAAUUGGAGAGCUCUGAAGAUGGGUAAUUCUAUGAAGCAUUUAUGGAAGAUGCCCUUUGAAAAUGUGCAGAAUUAAUAGAUGGUAUUCCAGAGCCACUCAAAUGAAACUUUGUAUAAAUUAUAAAGAUUUCUGCAAACACUGUAGUAUUAAUUGUGUAGAUUUUACCUCCAUACAGGUGUUUUGGUUCAUGUGUCUCAUGCACAAAACCUACAUUAUAUGUGUGGAGUUUUCUGUGUGAUAGGUCAUAUUUGCCUGAAUUCCAGUUGCACCUUCUGACUUUUGCCCAGUAACCUGUGUUCCCAAAAUUCAGUACAAUGAUGUCCCUACUUUAGGAAUUUUCAGGUUAAAAGAUUCUUUUUUCUUUAAAAUGUACUUUUAUGAAAUAAAGCAUUGUGACCUCUAUCCUACUGUAAAGGUUAAUUUUUCUCUUAACGUGGCUUGGCAUGGCUCCCUCCUUGGUGCUAAAUAUGCCCCAUCUUUGGUGUUUUCGUACGAUCUUUCAGGGCUAGAAAAGGCAGGAGGUUUAGCAACAGAACAAAAAAGGGUUUUCUCCUGGUUUACCAAUGGAGCACUCAGCAUUUAGCUCUAAUUCUGUAUAUACAUUUAGCACAGUUGUGGUUGGGUUUGUCUCAGUGCUGUACAAGCAGACUAUGUGUAUGUGAUGCUGCUUAAAAGGUAUGAGUGAGGGCUGUGGAAAGUGGUACCCAGGCAACAGUGCAGUGUUCAGAUCCCUUUCCUGUAGUGCGUGGCAUGUGCAGAAUUCGUGGUACUUUGCACAGUAGGUUGUUUUUGUCAGGGAGGAUCUACUUAAGUUACUCCUGGUCUUGUCACUGAUGAACUCUGCACUUAACCCAGUCUCAGUCUGAUGGGAGUUUAUUACAGUAUGAUUUUUCCUUUUAAGUAUGCAAAGUCAAACACAUGCCCCAUGUACAAGUUCUUGAUGGCUACUGAGGAAGAUACUUGCAUUCCUGCAGUCGUGGAAUCUGCGGGAACCAUGGGGUCAAGCUGUGUUUCAUUUGGCUCUCUAUUAUUGCUUGCCCACUUCUCCCACCAGUUUUUCCCAGCUAGAAGCUGCUUCUCUCAUGCCAAAUUUCCGAAUGUUCAUGUUGCAGACUUGACGUUUUUUAAAAACUGUCACUGAGAUUUUGUUUUUUCUUAUGUGAAUGUGGUGCAGGGAAGGGUAAGGAGCGAAAUUACAUUGUUUAUCAGAGAUUGCACUUUCUUUGCAAUAGGGAAGAAAGCCUUGUCCUGCUGGAGAGUCCCAUGUGUGGGUGUCUGAAACGGCGCUGUCUGAGGCAGUUGUUUCUAACCCUGCCAGGUAUUGAGUAUUGGACCUUAAAACUGACCCUCUGAUCUGUAAGAAAUGUUUGAAUGGUUUGGAGAAGAUUGAUUGCUAACCUUUUUCUGACUCUUGAGUCCUGAAUGUUCAUGUUACUAAGGUAACCCGAUUUUGUAGGCAAAGAAAAAAGUAUGCUGUUAAAAAUAGAUACGCUCCAAAAUUUUUCUUUGCUUUUUUUUUUUUUUCUCCUCCUCUCACUUUCCCCAAGGAUAAACAAUAGGCUUGCUGGUACAUUUGAAAGUAUUUAAAGUAUUUGGGAUUAUUCACAAGUUCUCUCUGUUUUUUACCAUUAAAUCAUGUCCAUGCACAUGUGUGUGCUUACAUACAUAUAUGCAUGCAAACUUGUCCCCUUGAUGGUCUCUGUACUAGUUGCUAUUCCAUAAUCACCUUCCAGAAGUGCUUAAUGGCUAUAUAGUGUGCUCUCAGGAAUGACCACAGGUCAUUUAUCUAACCACUGGAAGCAUGAAGAAUAUCUGCUUUUCAGUCCUGUAAAUGUCGUGACCUAUGUCUUCAUCAGUGGGGGAGUUUCUUGCUUGCACCAGUUCUUGCCUGUCACCUGGUGCACCAGUGCAACUUCCAUCUAACAGCUCUUUGCUUUUGGGUGAGCUUCAAAAGGUCCUCGUGCUUUGUGAUGACCCUAAUGUAGACCUCAUGUAUUGAUAUACAGGAAGGAAAUGCACUUAGUGUAGUCUGAAUCUCAGAAGCAUGUUUUUUCAAGCCUAGCUGAUGCUGAGAACUGAGUAAUCCUUCUGUACAGUGGGUUCAGAUGAAGGCUGGCUUUUGAUUACAUGUUUGCUUUUUAGAUAAAGGCUGUUGCACAUAAUUUAAUUACACAUGUCUGGUCUUUUCCUGCACUGUGUUGCCUGCUUGCCAACCAGUGCAAUUACAACUUUUCUCCUAAACUAGCCCCAAAUGUAUCAAUCAUUUCAGUCCCUGCAAAGAGAGACUCUUACUGAGUUCUCCGAGACCUGUUGAGGCCUUUCAGAGCAUGGAGAAGUCACUUGUGAGGAUGUGUUGAACUUAGAGAGUUUUCCUGUCUGAAGAUUGUUCCACAUGUUUUGUUAGGAAAUUCAAGUUUUGAGACUGUGCCCACUGAAAGUAUUGGUUGGUAAGAUAUUUUUUUUUUUUAAUAUAUACUUAAUAUAUUGUUUGCCAGCCUGUGGUCAGUAAUCAGGGGUGUAAAUUACCUUUUGACUCGCCUCUGAUUGCCAUUGUUGUGCUGGGAAAAGCCCCAUUGGGCACUCUUGCACCAGCGAGAAAAGAGUAAUGUUCUUGGUUCAGCUCUGGGGAAUUAACAGAAGCUGAACCACUAAGUUCAUCCUCCAAAACUAACAUCAGACCUGCAUUGCCUCUUCCCAACGAGCUGUAGCUGUAGGUGUUUCGAUGAAGGGCUUUGCCACGCUAGUAAGUACCACAGACACACAGUGGAGGAGCCUUCUGGUUGUUCUUGAAAUCACAACCACUGGCAUCAAAUUUAUUUCGGGCCUGCUUGAAAAGGAAAACUAAGGAUGAUUUUAUAUUGAGAAGUGUUGCAAACUCUCCUGGCUCUUCCUUCUGCCUUGCUGGUGUCCCUCCCAUUUUUAGACUGAACACAAGCAACCUGGAUAUUGCUAGCAUUGCUUUCCUGCUAUAAAAGAGCUUGCCUUUUUAUGUUGGUUAACAAUAAAAAAGCAAAACUGUAACCUAGAUAUACUUCCCCUUUCCUCUGACAGCUGUGUGCUCUGACUGCCAGAGGUGACGCUGUCACUUCUUUGCUUUAUUGCUGCUGCUGCUACUGCUGCUGCUGUUUUAAGUGGUUUGGUGUGUGAGCUUUCUGAAACAACAUGGUGUGUGUAGGAUCUCGUGGGUGACGAAGCUGUCUCUCUUCUUCUUCCCUUCUCUCCUUGGUUUGUGCUUGUCUGUCUGCUGUGGUAGGUUUAUUAAUAAAUUAUAUACGUCCUUAUUAGAUAUAAUUUUGAGGAGGUUUGCAUGUCUGUAGUUUGUAAGCAACUAAGGUGCCUCAUGUUCAGGUCUGAGCAGAUAGGAAUCCCCCUUGCACUUGAGAGGGCCUGAUGCAAAGCUGGCUGAAGUUGGUAGGAAGACUCUUGCCAGCUUCAGGGGGCUUUGGAUUAGGCCUUAUGCUCCCACCUUUGUUGUGCCUCACUUAAAAUGGUGCUUUUUUAGUUGUCUGUCUUUUUUCUGGUUUGUUUUUUUUUUUUUUUCUUUGUAUGGUGCUGUGUAUAACUUGAAUAUAUUAUGCACAUAUCCUACCCAAUGGGUAGAACAAACAAACAUACAAAAAUAGAUGUUGUUAAUACUGUAAAAUAAUGUAUAGAUUAUACCAAUUUUAACACAAAAAAUGGCAUAAACUUUGUGAAUGCCAACUUCUGUGCUUGGUCCUUUUUUUGUAAGAAAAUCUGCAAAUGAAUGCAUACAAAUGACAAAAAGUCUAUGUAUUUUAUUUUCCUAUUAAAUAUCAAUAUAAUAUCGUAAGGGAAAAAGGUUGAACAAAUCCUUUUUGACUAGCCUGUGUAUAGUGAUUGGUUGUUUGAUGCAUCUUUGCUGUGAAGAUUUGUUCCUUUUUUUUUUUUUUAAUGUGUCACUUUAAGAAAAAGGAAAAAAACACAAAACAAACAAAACCUCCACAGCUUUAACCUUGCAACUAGAUGCUUCUUGUAUUGGUUGUUGCCUUGCUAUUGCUGAGUUGGAUCAGUAUUAGUUACUACUUCUCCAGCAGACAUGUUAUUUAUUACAAUCCAUGAUUACAUUUUUUUAUUUUGGUUUUUAACUUAGAAAUGGACUAAAACCUUUCAAAUCUUUUUAUCCACAUCCUAGAUUUGAAGUGAAGCUCAUACAAGUGGGAACUGACCCAAACCAUCCCUGCAAAAUCAAAAGUAGGCCAAUGAGAGUUCUGUGACAGCAGCCAGCCCUUGCUCUGUGCCCAUGACUGGUGUGUGAUCCUGCCACUACAGACUGUCUUCAGGCUUGGUGUGUAGCUGUGAAUUGUACUGUUGCAGGGUGUGAGCCUUAAGGGUGGACAAGAACAGCCACGGUCGGUAGCGAGCUGAAUGCAGGGGUUUGAGUGUGAGCUUUGAGUCGGCAGCUCUGCUGCUCUGUUGGCCUCUGACAGCAAUGGCUAAUCCCAGGUUCAUAUUUAAGAUUACAGAGAAAUGCUUAGACCUGUUCAAACCCAACCCAGGAGGUGGAGAGGAAAGCAAUUUUACACUUUAGCUUUCUGCCAGGCUCCCUUGGCAAUUUGGUUCUCCCGCGGCAUCUCCCUGCAUUUGGCUGUCCAUCCCCGUGUCCCCUCACGCUCUUCAGUAAAGCAAAUACCUCAGGAAAACUCAACAUGAAGUUCUAGUGUAGAGACUUGCAGAUGCUGUACUUAUUUUUCUAAACUGUUUGUUCUAGCUAUCCCAGGACAGUAGUUGAUAUAAAAGUUUAUUGGUCCGAGACAGACUAGUCUUCUCACAGAUGGAUACUGACCAAUCUUUCAUAGAUACUCAUGUCUGUAUGUAGCUUUUUUAUACUUGUCAGGCUUUAACCACAGACAUAAGGUAGCAGCAUGUUGGGUUACAUUUGAGAUACUGUUUUUGUUUGGUUUUUCAGAUGACUAGCUAAAUGCUGUGCUAAAACUCAGGGGGCCCUCUCUGGGCCCAGUGAAGUCAGUAGUGAGGCUUCCUCUGGUUUGAGUGGGCUUUCAGUCCAGUCCAUCACCCUGGAGGAUGGUGCCUUGGAGCACAGUCCUUCACUGCUUCCCUGUCAGCCUGAAACAUCAGCUACACCUUUGUCUGUAAAUAUCUUUUUAAAAGCCCUCACAGGAGUCCUGUAUCUGAAUGUUGAGCAUGGUUGUUUUGGUUUGUUUGGUUUUCUUUUUAAAAGUGUCUAAGUUUUUUAUGGCCAGUUCUGCAUCAUCAAGCUCUUACAGGUAGCUUGUGUCCAGCCCUCUGUGUGUUGAGCUGUUCUGUCGGUAAGCAUGUACCAUAGGUAAAUAUGCAUAUUUCAUUAUCGUCACUUGUUAAUUCAUUUAUUGUUUGUCAGGACAUGGAGUAAAUGUUUUGGAAGUAUGCCUUGCCUGGCCACCUUCACGUUUCUGUUUGCACUGCAGUACCACUUCUGUGCAUGAAGGAAAUAAACAAAAAACCCCCGGCCUUGACUAGGAAGACUGUAGAGAGCAAACCUCCUGCUGGAGGAAUCUAGUGUGGAAUUUAUCACAACAAAACUUGCAUAUUGAGUGGACCAAACAUGAGCAUGUCUCCUUUUAGAGGCACUAAUUUGCUUUGAAGCUGCAGUGGAAAGAGCAGACUAUCUAUUACGUCUAUUCACAGCUGUGUUCACGCUUUUCCAUUUACCACAAAGCAUAGCAGGCAGCCAAGAUUUUAAAAGAACUAUAAGCAGAAGUUAAGAGAGCCUCAGGCAUCAUAGACAUGGACAGCAAAAAUAAUAAUAAUAAUAAUAAUUUUAAAAAGUCUCUUUACUAUUCUUUAACUAAGCUUUUCUACUUAAUAGUGUAAAGACUACAUAAGCAUUGAUAGGGGGUUUAUCUUUGUAUAACUAUCAACUGCCCAAUGCUGUUGUGCUCAGAGCAUUUCACGAGGGUAUGUACAUCAGUCAGGCUGUUACACUCAAAAUUAACCAUCAGAUGCCUGUUUUUAGAGUGUUACCCUUUCUUUGUUGUUUCUUGCUAGUUAUUUUACAGUGUAAAAUGCUUUAUUGCUGUAUGGAUUUUUUUUUUCCUAUCUCCAACCUUGUGGCUUUCAAGAUCACACUUUCAACACAUCUCUUAUUUUUGUCCAUUUUCUUUCAAGCUAUUCUGAAAUAUGUACAGCACUAUCAAAAAUAUUUAAUCUUUCUUUUAAAUUUUAUUGUAAAAACAAAGCUGUUAAAAACAGUAAGUCUUUUUACAACUGUGUUGGAAUUUCUCAAUAGCUGUUCAUGUGAUGCUAUGACAAACCUGGCUUGCUUUGGUUUUAUUUUUUAAAAAAUUUAUUUUCUGUUUAACACAAUUAAUUUGUUGCUUAUUUUCCACUGUAACUCCCAGUUAUAUACAGGAAAAGAUUUCAACUGUUGUGUAUCUGACUCUUUUAAUUGAGCAAAUGGUGAUGUCCUAGUUUUUAGACCUAAGGUCUGUUCAUUGCAAUACUUUUAAAGGAAGAUGUUGCUCUAAGUGCUGUUGUUAGUUUUAAAUACAGAUUUUAUGCUUGUUCUUAAUAUGCUGUGGUUAAACCAUGGCACAAAAUUAUUAAAAAUUAUUAAAUGCA